UUUUUCUGUGAAGUCUACGCAUUGGAAAAUUCUGUGUAAGAAGGAACCGCCUUUCCUCAGAGCGUCAGCCUUUAAGACAAUAUAAUUGGACAAAUUCUAUGCCCUCUUUUGACUGGCACGUAAGAUGAUAUCUGUAUAUACGCAGAUUUUUUUCUUUAACGGGAUGUGAGGAUACAACUUUGUCUUUGAAGGAGUUAGAAUGGCAAGAAGUCAAGGUGUGAACCAGGAGCUUUCUCAGAUACUCAACCAGCUGUGGAAUUUGGACUCCAAUCGCCUAAAUCCUGGGACUGACUACAAAAUCAAUCUGCAGGGCAAGGCAGGUUAUGUGGCCCAAGGCAGUAACUAUGCUGUUGACAAAGCAAGGGCUCCUCUUUUCAGCCAUGUCAACCUAGACAAGCUCAAAAGUAUCGAGACGUAUGCCCAUUUCAUCAACCUGCUGGACAACUAUGAGAUGUCCACAGGUGUGUCAGAGACGGUUACCUCUGAGGAGCUGAAAGAGAACCACGUCUUUCUAGAUGCCAUACUGGAGACGGAGGUCAUGAAGUGUGCUCACAAGUACCUGGUCAGUAAGGGACAGUCUCCUUCAGACCAGAAGCAGUUCAAGAGGCAGCUGUAUGACAUAUGGUUCCAUCUCUACCAUAGGGACAGGAGUGGAGGUGAAGAUUCCUGUGGGUUUGAGCAUGUGUUUGUUGGUGAGACCAAACACGGCAAGGAGAUUAUGGGUUUACACAACUGGAUCCAGUUCUACCUGCAGGAGAAGCAUGGCCAUGUGGACUAUAAAGGCUACAAGGCCAGGGCCAACAAAGACAGUCCCGAUGAAGAUGACCACGUCCUCAACCUGCAGUUCAGCUGGAAGGGGCUUGUAAAGCCCAUUGGCGGCUCCUUCAUCGGGGUCAGUCCCGAGUUUGAGGUGGCUCUCUUCACCAUCAUUUUCCUCACGUCCACUGAGAAAAUGACCACUGCAGUGGUAAAAGUCGACGAGUACGUUCUGGAGAUUGUAGUGUAUCGACAUGGUCGCUCUAUUGGAACCUCCUACCCCAAGCUGCUCAGCAGCAACAACAGAGACCUGUAGUGUGCAACACUUACCUGAAUCUGAUAUGUUUUACAUUCCAUUCAAGUCUGUUACUCUAUGUUCUCUGUUUUUAGUUUUUAUACAGACGAUUAAAUUACAGUUUGGGUCAGAAACAAUUAGAAAUGAGCACUUAUGCACUAUUAGCGGUUUAUUGUUUUUACAUAGGCCAAUGUUGUAAAUCUGACCCUUGUAAAAAAAUAAUAAUAAAGCUUUAAUUGUAGGCCUAUGUUUUCAAGAUUUCAGAUUCCCUAUGCAACAAAUAUGCCAUUAAAACAACGUAUGUCGGCUAAA